AUGAUCCCACGAGCUCCAUUUUCUAGAUCUGUCGUUAGAUAUAAGAGCUAUGCAGUCUAUGCUGUUGACAAAGUUUGUUCAAGACUUCCACCUGGACAAGAGAAGUUUGUGGUGAUUGUAGACAUGAAGGGAUAUGGAUAUGCUAACAAUGAUGUUCGUGCCUUUAUUGCUGCCCUAUCGAUUCUCCAAGAUUAUUACCCUGAAAGGCUGGGCAAGAUGUUCUUUGUGCAUGUCCCUAGUUUAUUCAAGGCUGCUUGGAAAAUCAUUUCUCCUUUUGUUGACAAAAACACUAAGAAUAAAAUUGCAUUUUUGGAGAGCAAAAAUUUGAAAGCAGUGAUGGGCCAAGAUAUUGAUGAGAGCCAACUGCCAGAGCUAUAUGGUGGGAAAUUAAAGCUAGUUUCCAUUGUAAACAGUUGA